CUCCGCCCCAACCAGAAGAAGGAGCACUCGAUCGCAGCUAAAGGAAGGGAAGUGAUCGUCGACUGCCAGGAGAGAAAGAAGCGAACAGGACGGGAAAGAAUGCAGCGGCGUUUGUGGAAGACUUGUCCAGUCUCUCGCUGCGAGUUUCAGGUGACCCGCUUUUUUUUGGUCUUGAAGCAAAUGACCAAUUGAGUGUUUAAUGGAGAAGAUGGUAUCCGCCAGUGCAAAUGAUCAAUUAAGCUUUGGAAGGAGUGCUAUCGGGAAGGAUGGUGAGGUAGAUUCAAAUCGUGCUGAAAUUACAUAUCGUUUAUAAGCGGAGUGUAAAACGGGGAGAACAAGAUGCAACAUGAAGGCACAAAGUUACUUUAACAUUUGGUCUUCAAAGUGAGCUCUCAUUUAUUGAGCAUUUGAGAUCAAUUUGCUC